AUGACAAACAAAUAAACUUUAAAGGAUCAGCUUCCUAAAAUAAAAUGUAUUGAGCAUGAGAGAUAAAUUGUUUAGAUUGGUUUAGAUUAAAAUUUAUUACCAUCUUAAAGAGCAUUAUGUGAAAUGUGUGGAUAGAAGGCAAUUUUGAUACCAAUAUCGAUAGAUAGAGCAAUAGUUAUGCUUCGUAUGAUAUAAAAUGAUGAAGACAUCGUAUAGGAUAAAGUUUUACCAUGUUUAAUAGAUUAAUGCUUAAAUGGAGGAGAUCGAGCAUUAACAGUGAAAGAUAUAAUAACUAUAGGAACAAUUCUAUCAAAUAAAUUUAUAAAAAUAGGGGAUAAUUUUGUUUUAAGAUCAAAAUAUAUAGCUAAUAAAGAUAGAACAUAAUUGGAUACUUCUGAAUCAUUUUAAAAUAGAAGAAAAUAAUUAAAAAAAUAACAUUAAUUAAUAGGGAAUUCUUCGAUAGUAAUAAAAGAGAGUACGAAAUAUGAAGCAAAGACAGGGAUAGAAUGGAUUAAGAAUAUAAUAGAGACAGAGUAAAGUUCAAGUAGUUUUAUUACUUCAAGCUUUAGUCCAAUAAUAAAAAUUUGGUCAGGGGGAAAGUUUAAAGAGUUAAAAUAAGAAAAUUAAUUUGUGAGAUGUGUUACAUUAUUUGAUGAAGAAUUAAUAGUUUGUUAUGGAGAUUAAAGUAUUAGAAUAUGGAAAUAAAAAGAUGGAACUGAAUGGACCGUUGGAUAAACUUUAAAAGAUUAACAUUAAGGCGAAAUAUGGUCAUUGGUUACACAUUUUGAAACAUUUAUAACUGGAAGUUAUGAUAAAAGUUUAAAAGUGUUUAGUAAAAGAAGAAAUAAUAAAUUACAUUAAAAUUAUAAAAGUAUUUAAAUGGUAGAUAUAAGUGAUUGUUAAGUCACUUGUAUGGCUAUACAUGAUGAUAUUUUAGGAAUUGGAAGUAGAUCAGGUGCACUUGUAAUAUGUCAAUUUACAGACGCAUGGAAUUUAACAUAAAUAAUAUCAAAACAUACAGCAGCUAUUUAAUGUGUAGCAUUUAAACCUGAUUAAAAUUUAUUAGCUACAGGAUCUGAUGAUAAAUCUAUAAUUUUAUGGGAAAUGAAAUAAGGAGAUUAAUUUGAAUUUUUAUAAGAAAUAAAGGAUCAUUAAAGUUAUGUAUUAAGUUUAGCAUUUCAUCCAACAUAUGCUGCAUUUUUAUCAGGAGGAUUAGAUAAUAAAAUGAUAUUAUUUAGUUUAGAUUCAAAAGGUAGAUGGAUUAAAUAUUAAGAGUUGAAUAAAGAUAAUCCAAUUACAGUUAUUCAAUUUCUUAAAGAUAAUUGGAGAUUUUAUAUAGGUACUAGCGUUGGCACAAUUAUUUUAAAUGAAAUAGAACAGUAAUAAUAAUGA